AAGCCAACAUGAACGCCAACACGCAGGUCCUCGAGCUGGACGUAGAAGGCAGGCAGGUGGACGAGGCAGUUUUAAGCCUCUUCCACACACUAUUAUUUCAUCGAUCAACGGGCAAAUUCCACUAUAAGAAUGAUGACACAUACGCCGUUGGAACCAUAGGCUUCCAAGAUGUGGACUGCGAUUUUAUUGAUUUCACCUAUGUACGUUGUUCAUCUGAGGAGCUAGACAGAAGUAUCAAGCGAGAAGUGAGUGGCUUCUGCGAAGCUAUAAGGGCACCUGAUGCGCCGUCAAGUGGACAGGUUGCUCUGGAAUUUUAUCAACGAAAACGAGGCAGAUGGCCUUUUGCAACAGAAAGCAUUCCGUGGGAAGUUUGGACGCUUAGAAUCAAUGUAGUUUCUCUCAACAAUGAACAUG